AUGUCUUCCGCUAUAUCAUCUGCCGCCUCCCCCAGCGCAACGGGCGCCUCGUGCACCACGGCCGACUUUACACAAUUUCCUACCCAAGAUGUCUUCUGCGCCGUCGGCAGCACAACCGGCAUCCCCUCCAACACAUCCGACACGCUCUCGCAAUGCUGCAAAGACGCUCCGGUCGAGGAGUUCAACGGUUCAUGCGGAUAUUACUGUCUCGCCUACGACCAGACUGUUGCUGAUCUAAAUGCCUGUUUUAUGGACAACGGUGUGAACCCCAGCCAGAUCUUUUGCUCGGGAAACAACACGGCAAGCGCGACGGGCACACCAAGUGGAAGUGGAAGCGCGAGCCGGACGUCUGGUGGUAAUGGACCUGAUUCUACGGGCUCGCCAGGUAGCACUGGUGCUGCUGCACCCAUGGGUGUAAGCAAGGCUGGCCUGGGCAUGUUGGGUAUGUUCGUCAUCUCUGCUUUUGCAGGUGCGCUGUUGUAA